AUGAGUUCUUGCGGGUGUUACAUUUUGGCGGAAGUGGGGGGCGGCCUCCUGGGUAAAGAAGUGGUAGGUGGCAAAACUGUUGUAGGGGGAGGGUCUGGACGGAAAACAGUUGGAGGUACAUCCCCCCCCCAGGAGGCCUUACUGAAUGCACAGCGAGAUUUGAAAGGCAACGUGUAUAGAACGAUCAGGAAGAAGGUGGAUCCUCAGAUAAUGAGCGGAACAGAGGACGAAGGUACAGAAGGGGGGCAAAACAAAAAAGAAAUUGAUAUCGAAAGGUUGGUGGAAGAUAACGUAGAACAGCUAAGCCUAAACAGAAAGGAAAAGGAUAUAAUGAAGAAGAAAUGGAAAUACAUUUUAAAAAAAAACAAAGAGAAAUAUGGAAAAGUAUCUGAUGGAAAUAAAAUAAAAAUAUAUAACGAUGGACAUACAACUUUUAGGGAUAUACUUCGAUCUAUAGAGAAGAGCAAAAAGAGGGUUUGGUUUGAGUCUUACAUUUUCGAUGACUCUGAAUUAGCGCAGCAAGUGGUGGACAGCCUAUGUAAUGCGGCGAAGAGAGGAUGCGAUGUCAUUCUUCUGGUUGAUUAUAUCGGAAGCUUGAAAAUUAAAAAUAAAUGGGUGAAUAUGUUGAAGGAGAAUAACGUACACGUUCUUUUCUUUAACACUUUUUUGAAUUCUUUCCUUAACAUGUUACCAAUUUUCUUUCGGGACCACCGUAAGAUCAUAAUAGUAGACAACGCUGCGUACUGCGGGUCGAUGAAUGUUUCCGAGAGCGUCGUCCCGAGCGGGGUGGGCUGGCAGAGAGGUGAUGUGGGUGAGAUGGAAAGUGAUGUGGGUGAGGUGGAAAGUGAUGUGGGUGAGAUGGAAACUGAUGUGGGUGAGAUGGAAAGAGACACGGAAGAAGCGGAAACAAAAGAACCCGCAAACGAAACCUAUGGAGGUACGUCCACUUGCGAAGGAAUCAUGCCGAACCGAUGCGAGCACCCAGGGCCAAGUGAGAAACAUGUCAAAGUGAGCGAAAAAAAAAACAAAAGUAAACUCCUACAAUACUACGAUUUACAUAUAAAGGUUAAAGGACCCGCAGUGAAAGAUUUGGCAGAUGUUUUUAUCGAUUCACUUAAGAUGACCAAAACUUCCAUCAUCAGGGGAACAAUCGAGGAACAGAAAAGAUAUGUGGACGAUGAGGGGAAAUCUUGCUUCGUUCAAGUUCUAGAAUCAAAUGUAUUGAGAAAAAUUCGAUCCAUUCAGUCUACCUUUGAAUGGGUUCUUAAAAAUGGAGCCACGAAAAAUAUUUACAUAACGACUAGCUAUUUUAUCCCCCCCGGUUUUCUGAGGAGAGCUUUAUUUUCUGCUCUGAAUAACGGGGUAGACAUUUCGUUCCUCCUUUCUGGGAACUCGGAUGUGAUGGGUGAUGUUCCCGCCACUUAUCACAUCGUGAAGAAGUUCCUGAGGAGGUCCCAGAGGGGCGGCGCAAACAGUGGCGGCAACAACCAACACAACCACGAACACCACCACGAACACCACCUACACAACCAUGGCAACAGUGAUAACCGUGACGGGAGCAACCAAACAGAUCAAACGGAUGGACGUGAGGGAAGCCACAACAAUGAACAGAGCGACCACCCCCAACAGGGGAAAGCAAACUCCUAUCUGCACAACCUGCGCAAGCGAGCGGAGUCCAGAAUAGGAGAAAACUUUUUGAAGAGACAAAACAAGGGAAACUGCGACUUUUAUUUUUUUCAAAACAGGCACUGUCAUGCAAAGAACCUCAUGGUGGACAAUCUCUGGUGUGCCGUGGGUUCAUACAACUGGGAUCGAUUUUCUUCAAGGCGCAACUUAGAAGUAAUGGUUUCUAUCUUUGAUAAACAAAUCUGCCACCAGUUUGUGCAGGAGCAUAAGAGUAAAAUAAAAAACGAAUCAAAACAAGUGACUCUCGCGCAGGUGAUCAAUCGUAACGUGUUCCAAGGAUUUUUCAGUUACUGCGCCUAUCAUAUGGCAAAAUGGUCCGGCAAAAAUAUAUUGGACGGAUUGUCCAAGGAUAGCAAGAAGACUGUUCUAAGGAGAGCCAUUGUGAAUAAAUAUUUGUCCGACAAUUGCAUGGAAAAUAUCUCCCUCAACAUGAUGUGGGGCGCGUAG